GCUUGGCCUGCUGGAGGGCAGCAGCAGCAGAAGACAGUGAAUCUACAGCGGAGAGGAGUAGCAGCUCACCCCCUCAUGGCCUGCCAGUCUGUCUCCAUCAUCAACAUGGACGAGCAGGCUCUGCUGGGGCUCAACCCAAACGCAGACGCCUGCUAUAGGCAGAAGGCGAUGGUGUAUUUUGAGCAGUUGAAGGAGUCCCAGGAUGCCUGGGAGGUGUGUGCAGAGGCCCUGGCUAAAGGCAUUUACAGUGACGACCAUGUGAAGUUCUUCUGUUUCCAAGUCCUGGAGCACCAGGUCAAGUACAGACAUGGAGGUCUCAGUGCUGCCCAGCAACAGCUGAUAAGAGAAACCCUGAUGAAAUGGCUGCAGUGUCAGUUAAUGAACUCUCAGCCAGAGAAGCCGUUCAUCCGUAACAAGGCAGCCCAGGUGUUUGCUCUGACCUUCGUGAUGGAGUUCCUGACCCACUGGCCCAAGUUCUUCUAUGAUAUCCUGUCUCUAGUGGGUCUGAACCCACACGGGGUAGACGUCUACCUCAGAACACUGAUGGCUAUCGACGCUGAGGUGGUGGACAGAGAUAUCCUGCACUCACCUGAGGAGGUGCGUAGGAACACCUUAAUAAAGGAUGGAAUGAGGGAGCAGGUCAUCCCCAGCCUGGUUGAGUCCUGGUACCAGAUCCUCGGGGCUUAUCAGCAGUCUCACCCUGAGAUCACCUGUCAGUGUCUGGAGGUGGUAGGGGCAUACGUCUCCUGGAUAGACCUCAACCUCAUCGCCAACGACAGGUACGUCAGUCUGUCUGUGUGUCUGGAGGUGGUAGGGGCAUACGUCUCCUGGAUAGACCUCAACCUCACCACCAAACAACAG